AUUGAGAAUUGAGCAAGACGUCUUCUGUUGUAGAGAGAACCCAACAAAGCCACAGAGUCUGCACAAAAACGGAUCUCUGUCGUCUUCGUGUUCUCUGGUCUGAGUCGCGGCUUCAGCACCGAUACUCCUCAGAUCUACCGGAGAUUCUCUAUUCUCUUCCACAAAGAGAAGACGGUUCGUGGAUUUAACUCUCCUCUUUGUAAAUGCGCUUUAGUUCCUUCUUAAUACGAGAUCCAAUGCCGAGGAAGCUUUGACGGUGGCUGGAGCUUUCUCCUCUUUCUGUUACCAUCUCCCACUGAAGGAGGAAGAAUCUGUAUCUGUGGUGCUUUGAGUAUCACCAGUUUGGAGUAGUUAUAAGAUGGUGUUUGGCAAGAUCACUCAACUCUUUACACCGAAUCGUUACGGAGCAAGCACACAACCAUACAUCCCUACUGGUUCUCCAUCACCAGAUGUAGGCACCUCAUCUCCAGCUUCCUUCUCUUUCGGAAACGGUGGACGCAAGAACGGUGGUUUGAGACACUCCGCGUCUCUCCAAGACUUCUCUUCCUACCACGCCUUUGAUCCCGAAGAAGCUCGUGAAACCAACUCAAACUGGGGACAAAACGGAGCUAGUUUCUCCAAGGACAAGGGAGGUCUCCCGCCCAGUGUGCCCAAACCGUCCACGAGCAGGCGUAAAUGGAUCCGCGCGGUGAUGAUCGUUACGUGCCUCUUUCUCUUUGCUUCUCUGGUGUAUAUACUAGGCAUGUACGUUUACACGAACUGGUCUCGCGGAGCGUCGAGGUACUACGUUGUGUUUGACUGCGGAAGCACGGGGACUCGUGCCUACGUCUACCAAGCGUCUUUAAACUACAAGAAAGAUAGUAGUCUUCCCAUUGUGAUGAAGUCUUUAACGGAAGGCAUCUCUAGGAAGUCCAGUGGGAGGGCUUAUGAUCGGAUGGAGACAGAGCCUGGGUUUGACAAGCUUGUCAACAACAGAACGGGGUUGAAAAAAGCGAUUAAGCCUCUUAUCCAGUGGGCGGAGAAGCAGAUCCCAAAGCACGCUCAUAGAACCACGUCUCUCUUUGUGUAUGCCACAGCUGGUGUGAGGAGGCUGCGCGCUAGUGAUUCGAGCUGGCUGUUAGGGAAUGUGUGGUCUAUACUUGCGAAGUCUCCCUUCACUUGCCGGAGGGAGUGGGUUAAGAUCAUUAGUGGUACGGAGGAAGCUUAUUUUGGAUGGACGGCUCUUAAUUAUCAAACGAGCAUGUUGGGAGCUGUGCCGAAGAAGGCGACGUUCGGUGCGCUUGACUUAGGUGGGUCGUCGUUGCAGGUGACGUUUGAGAAUGAGGAGCGAGCGCAUAAUGAGACUAACUUAGAUCUCAGGAUUGGGUCUGUUAACCAUCAUCUUAGCGCGUAUUCUCUGGCCGGGUAUGGACUUAACGAUGCGUUUGAAAGGUCUGUUGUUCAGCUUUUGAAGAGAGUACCAAAUGUCAAUAACUCUGAGCUGAUUGAAGGGAAACUGGAGAUGAGACAUCCUUGUUUGAACUCUGGAUACGUAGGACAGUACAUUUGUUCUCAGUGUGGUUCUACUGUCAAACGAGGUAAGAAAGGGAAGUCUGGAGUUCCUAUUAAGCUCAUAGGUGCUCCAAACUGGGGAGAGUGCAGCGCUCUAGCGAAAAUUGCUGUGAAUAGCUCCGAGUGGUCAAAGCCGAAACAUGGUGUUGAUUGUGAUUUGCAGCCUUGUGCUCUUCCUGAUGGUUACCCUCGUCCUCACGGUCAGUUCUACGCUGUAUCCGGAUUCUUCGUGGUGUACCGGUUUUUUAAUCUAAGCGCUGAAGCUUCCCUUGAUGAUGUUUUGGAAAAGGGUAGGGAGUUUUGUGAAAAGGCCUGGCAGGUAGCGAGAACCAGUGUUUCUCCACAACCUUUCAUUGAACAGUACUGCUUUAGAGCACCUUACAUAGUCUCUUUGCUACGAGAAGGUUUAUAUAUUACAGAUAAGCAGAUUAUAAUUGGGUCUGGGAGUAUAACUUGGACACUCGGAGUGGCUAUUCUGGAAGCAGGGAAGGCUUUGUCUUCUACGUUGGGACUAAAAGGGUACGAGACUCUGAGCAUGAAGAUAAACCCAGUAGCUCUUAUAUCUGUUCUGUUCGUCUCGCUGAUUCUGCUUCUCUGUGCACUGUCACGCGUCGGCAACUGUAUGCCGAGGUUUUUCAGAAAGUCCUGUCUGCCUCUUUUUAAGCACAACAGCGCCUCAGCUUCUUCUGUUCUCAACAUUCCUUCUCCCUUCAGAUUGCGAUGGAGUCAUAUGGGUACAGGGGUAAAGGCACCGUUGAGUCCAACAGUGAGGAGCUCACCGCGUAGGCCGUUUAGUUUUGGAAGCAGCAUACAGCUAAUGGAGUCUUGUUCACUGUACUCAUCGAGCAGCAGCGUUAUGCAUAGUUAUUCUUCUGAUAGCUUAGGGGAGAUGCAAGUUGACAACAGUGGCUCCUUCUGGUCCUCCCGGAGUCAAAUGCGUUUACAAAGCAGGAGAUCACAAUCCAGAGAAGAUCUUAGUUCGUCGCUCGCUGAAUCACACAUGCUCAAGAUGUAGUAGAAAGACGUUUUUGGUAUGGUUUUUGUCACUUCCACACUCUCGCUUUUUUCUUUUUUUUUUGGUAUUAUAGAAUUUAAAAGAAAAAGAAGAAAAACUUCAUGAGAGCAAAGAUAUUCCUUGUUUCAGUUAACAUGUAAUUCAUUCUCGUAUAUGAUUAUUAAUUUAACCCCAAUUCGACUA